AUGGCCGCGAUUGCUAAAACACUAGACGAGUGGCUCGAGGCUAUAAAGAAUAAACGUCGUUCAACCGCCAUUUCUGCUGACAAAUUUAAAUUUCAUAAGUCGAGGAUAAGACACUUAUCCGGGCCAGAUACUUUCCCAGAAAAGGAUGACAAACUCGGAAAAGGUGGAGUACUUUACUGGAUGUCGCGUGAUCAAAGAGUUCAAGAUAACUGGGCUUUUAUUUAUGCACAACGUCUAGCAAUGAAAUUUGAAGUUCCAUUGCAAGUCUGUUUUUGUUUGGUUCCUGCUUACCAAGCUGAUACUUUGAGGCAGUUCUCAUUUAUGAUUGGUGGACUAGCUGAAGUAGAACAAGAAUGUCGUUCAUUGAAUAUCCCAUUUCAUCUAUUGAUUACCUCCAAUCAAAUUGAUAAGUUUGAAGAUAUAUCUUCUGGAUGCAAGCAUAGAUGGUCUGAUGAAAAUGCUCUAUCAAAUCAAACUGAUCGAAUCAAAGAAAACUUUCUUUAUGAAACAUAUGUUGCAAAGUCAGUUGUUGAUUUAGUAAAACUAUUGAAUAUUGGAUGCUUGAUAACAGACUUCUGUCCUUUAAGAGCACCUCGUUCAUGGGUAAAAAAAGUUAUGGAUGAACUACCUAAUAAUAUCCCUUUUUGUGAAGUUGAUGCCCAUAAUAUUGUUCCAGUUUGGUGUGGAUCAGAAAAACGAGAGUAUUCUGCUCGAACUAUCAGACCAAAACUGUUUGAACAAUCUUCAAAGUUUCUAACAGACUUUCCACCUAUAAUUGAGCAUACUUAUUCAAGUGAAAAUACUGUCCUUCAUCAGCCUGUGAAUUGGGAGUUAAUUUUAUCUGAUUAUGUUGGUGACAAAAGUGUAAAACCUGUGGAUUGGGCUGUACCUGGAACUCAAGCUGGUUUACAAGUUCUGUAUGAAUUUAUCAGCAAACGUUUGAAAAAAUUUGACCCUCAUAGAAAUGAUCCUGCUCAUCCAGCUCUUAGUGGAUUGUCACCUUGGUUACAUUUUGGUCAGAUUGCUCCUCAGCGUGCUGUUCUUGAAGUAGUUGCUGUUCAAAAGCACUUCGGACGAUCGGCUGAUAUCUUUGUUGAAGAAUGCUUUAACAGAAGAGAGUUGGCUGAUAAUUUUUGUUUCCACACACCUUUCUAUGAUUCGAUUCAAGGUGCAUAUGACUGGGCACGUGAAUCACUUAUGAAACACUCAACAGACAAACGAGAUCCAGCGUACAGUAAAAAUCAGUUGGAAACUGCUCAAACUAAUGACGAUCUGUGGAAUGCAGCCCAACGUCAGUUAGUGCUCAAAGGCAAGAUGCAUUGGUUUCUACGCCAGUAUUGGGCCAAAAAAAUACUUGAAUGGUGUGCAGAAGGUCCAGAAUCGGCUAUUCAAAUAGCAAUAUACUUAAAUGAUCGUUACAGUUUAGAUGGGACAGACCCAAAUGGAUACGUCGGUAUUAUGUGGGCAAUAUGUGGCGUUCAUGAUCAAGGUUGGCCUGAGCGACCUGUUUUUGGUAAAAUACGAUAUAUGAACUAUAAAGGAUGUUUACGGAAAUUCUCUGUUCCAACCUUUGUAUCACGGUACUCCGAGAAAUUGGUUUAA